UUUUCUUAAUCCGCAUAGGAAUACACUAUCCUUGAUUGAAUACUCAGAUUUCCAUCAAACCAUGGCCAUAAGCGCAUAAGAUGAUAAGAAAAAGGAAAAUGACUCGCAUCAUAUUCGGAAUGGCAAAUAGACUAGCCAAUCAUUGACUGCCACCUGAGAAUCUCAACCACUGAAACCCAAUUCUGUCCAUUCAUUUCAGGCAAUUGGUUUCAAGAAUCAAGGCCUCUUUUUUUCAAGCAAAAAUCCCAACUUCACCUAGCUUGGAAGUUGGGUUGGAAACCCAGGGAGAGAAGACAUUUGAAAAGAAAAACCAAACAUGGAAGCCACAGCUGUUUAUAGCAGCAAAGGGAAUCCAUUUCUCUGUUCCUCUAGAAUAACAACAAAGCCUAAACCCCAAAAUUCUGCUACUUUGUCACCUUUUCUCAUCCAAUCCAUGGCAACUCAGAAACCAUUGCCUUCAGUUGCCAAAACUGUUGGCUCUAGAAAGAGCUCGAACUCAACUGUCUUCCCGCUUGGCGAGCCAGGGCCACGGAAUAGCCCUGUGGUCACACAACCAGUGAAGCUGCUGACAAAUGUGGAGAAACUGAAACUGCUAACCAGAGCUGAGAAAGCUGGCCUGCUAUCAGCAGCCGAGAAGUUUGGGCUAUCCCUGUCGUCAAUAGAGAAACUAGGUCUCCUCUCCAAGGCUGAAGAAUUUGGAGUCCUGUCUGCAGCAACAGACCCUGGGACUCCAGGGGCACUCUUGACCUUGAGCUUGGGUUUACUGCUUUUGGGUCCUUCUUGUGUUUACCUUGUGCCUGAGGAUAACCUCUGGGAAGUGGUGUUGCAGGUUGUGGUGGCUCUAGUCUGUGUAGCUGGUGGAUCAGCAGCUUUUGCCGCAUCAAAUCUUGUAUCUAACUUGCAGAAAUGAAACUAGAUUUGGUAUCCAAUUUGCAGAUAUCAGCCAAACUCCAUAGUAAAAGAAAUGGCUUUUACAUUGUUUUUCAGUAGGUACUUCCAUUUUCUGUGAUAUCAUUGCAAGUUCUGCGAUUUCGGACUAACAGAAUACGUUCAAGUAACCGGCAAUAAAAUUGAAACUAAACAGCAUGUUUCACGCCAUAUCAUGUCACAAAUACAUUUUUAUAUCGUUGUAUUGUGUAUUAAAUUGUGGGAUG